AUGUUUUUCAGGGAAAGGGUAAAAAGCCAAGACAAAGCAACGGAAACAUCCACUGGAACAGACCAGCUAGUGGUAAUUAAUGUGGAUGCUGCCUGGAGAAGCGAGGAAAUAGCAGGUGCAGGAGCUGUGAUCAGAGACCUCUAUGCAACUUGGAUGACAGGGGGAUCAUGGAAAAUCAGGGCUAGAAGUGUCGCGGAAGCUGAAUUGCUGGCAAUAAAGGGUGGAAUGGAAUUGGCUAUCAAUGAAAAUCUUAAGAAGGUCACGAUUGAAACAGAUGCUCAAUCUCUUAAAGGCACCUUGGAGAGUAUAGGGAAGCAUGGAACACAUGAGCUUGCAGCCAUUCUAAGGGACAUUGGAGAAAUGCUCAAAGGAACCUGCAAAUUUGAUUUUACCUAUGUUAAAAGGGAAGCCAAUCAGGUUGCUCACCAGCUUGCGAAAUUGGCAAUCGAGAUGGAGGAGGAGAUAAUCAAACAUAACACCAUUCCAGUGGGUGCCAGAAAUGCAUAUGAAAAUGAUAUGGUGGAGAGUUGCAUCUAA